GAGAAUUUUUGUCGUCUGAAAAAAAGGUUUAUCGAUCUCUCGGAGGCGAUGACAUUUCUCUCGUGUGGAUGGACGAUGAAUAACGACGCGCAACGAACGAUACAAUCUUGAGGCGGUGACGCGUGAAGAAAGAUGACGGUUCUCGCGAACGUCGAGCUGCGGAGCGCAGGAGACGAUCUCAAUUGCUGAAAUCUGGAUCAUACUGUUGGCCGCGAGGCGAUCGAGGACAUUGCCUCGAUUUGAACGCUAAUGAAACGAACAUCGACCAGCGAUCGCCGAUGCCGGUUGCGCACUCGGAUACGAAAACCGAGGGUUGCCGAUCGUACGAAGAGGGAACGCCGGACAGGAAGUGGAGCGCAGAGGAGCUUCACAAGGGAUAUUCUUCGCGCGGCUUUGUUCGCGACGUGGUGCUCCAAGUCGACGAGGCGCGGAUUCAAAAGGACUGACACGGCGGAACAAUAAGACAACGAGACAAUAAGAACCGGUAGCCAGAGCUCCUCUCGUCGGGAGGGUGCUCUUUGAGCACUGGAAUUCUCUCUCGUUCGAGCCAGAGGCGAACGAGUAGCGCGCUCGGGCGAUUGCCGAAGAAGAAGAAGAGUAACCGCGAAGCGAACACGUCUCUUUCUCUCUCGUGACUGUCGGACGAUCGAUCACCGGUUUUUGCAGUUUACGCGAUCUCGCUGGCGCGAUCUCCGCCGGCGAAGGAGAGGAUCGUUAAGCGUUUUGCGCGCGGGGGAGUGAUGAUGAUGAACCAAGCGAUAAGUUCCCUCUGCAUCGAAAUCGUUAACGAGACGACGACGAGGAUCUCCGCGGCGAUGACAAUCGGCCGACAUUCUCGCGUGAGACGGCAAAAGAUCGUCGUUCCUCGACGAUAGCGCGUCGCGUGAGCUUGCGUAUAUCUGCGAUCUUGGGAGCUCGGAUAUAUAUUAAGUACGCCGCGUCGAUAAUGACGGUACUUCAUUAUCUUUUUAAUUGGUAUCUAUUUGCUAACGAGACCUCGCGCGCGCGAUCGUCGUUCGCUCGUUAGGAUAACCGAUCCACCGUUUCUUCUAAAGAUAAACGCGUUACCGGCUCGGGAUAGCGGACUUUCUAGAGAUCGAGUCGGUUGCCGAUCGCGCCUCUCAUUAAAGUGAAUCGAGUAAAUCUUACUUAAGGCUACAUUCCACCGAUACCGCCGGCAAUAACCGCCGUUUCGAAAAUGGACGCGGUGCACUCGCACGACGACUCCGUUACCUUCGUCAUCGCUGUGGGACUGUGACCACCCGCUGAUCGAAUUUACGGAUCGCGCGCGAGCCCUCUGCGAGGUCCGGUCUCAAUUAUCACCGAUGGAAGUACCACACCCGUGGCACACGAUACGCGAUCGAUGUGCACGAUUCGAAGAUACAUUUGCGAGAGACGAAUCGUUCAGCCGCUUAGUCAUCGUCGACGAGAAGGUGAGGACGCCGCCUUUCGGGAAAAGAAUAUUUGGAGACCGUAAACACACUCGCGCGGCACGGCACGGUACGACCGUAAAGUUUUAAAACGCGCGCAAACACUUUAAGAAUAAUCCAAAUGUUGGCUCUGCAGUUCGGCUCUUUCGCACCUGCCCGGUGCACGCGGGGCUUUGUGUUCGCUAUGAGGUGCUAACGAGAACGCAGAGUGAUUACAGUGAUUGAAAUCGCAACGAGGAACUUCUCACGACGUCGCUCGAAGCAGGUGUUGGAUAAACAUCCAAGACAUUAGACAAAAGUUUCAUGUUGUAAAAUAUCGUUGUAAAUAUCACGAUGUCCGACAACACACGAGCCUGUUGAGUGUGAGAGAGAGAGAGAGAGAGAGAGAGAGAGAGACCGUGCUCGCCGAGCGGUAACGGAGACUGCACACGCACCACGAGAUCUCACAUGAUUCGACUUGACAACGGAACAGGGUCGAUCCCAGUUCCGAACGAUCAACUUCCGGUGAGCGUCGUUCAUCCGCUGAUCGCGGAAGCGUAAAACUUUGUCGCGUGCACAUCCGCUUUUUACAUUCAAUAACAACAAGGUGAUUGUGAUGUAAGAGAUGCGUCGCGGUGAUAUCGCGACAAUCGCGAUAGCCCUUCUCAUUCUUGGGCAGAUCCAGGAGCCACAGCGAUCGAGGGUGGUCGGAGCGGUGGUGGUCGGCGCGGCUGUCUGCAGCCGCAUCCCUGGAUUGGCGAAAAGUCAACGCGAGCAGUGCAGAAAAGCGCCGCACGCGAUGCCGGCGGUGGGCGAAGGCGCCGCAUUGGGUCUGCGCGAGUGCCGGCACCAGUUCCGACAUCACCGUUGGAACUGUUCCCACGUAUCCAACGACCAGGUCUUCGGCCACGUGGUGGUAGUGGGUAGCAAAGAGGCGGCUUUUACGUACGCGAUAAGCUCGGCCGGCGUUACAUAUGCAGUGACAGCAGCUUGCAGCCGUGGCAACAUCACAGCUUGCGGUUGUGAACCGGCUGUAAGGACGAGGAAGGAAUUACCGCCGAACGGUUGGGAGUGGGGCGGUUGCAGCGCCGACGUCACGUACGGGAUGAGGUUUCUGGAUGCGAGAGAGAUCGAAGGCGAUGCUCGGAGCCUGAUGAACCUUCACAAUAAUAAAGCCGGAAGAAAGAUAGUCAAGGCUCUUCUACAAACGGAAUGCAAAUGUCACGGUGUAUCCGGAUCUUGCACCGUAAGAACGUGCUGGCGAACGUUACCCAGUUUUCGUCAGAUUGGCGAUGCGCUUAUGAAAAAAUACAGAAGAGCUAAACCCGUCAUGGCCAUUACACCACCUCCCCCACCCACAGUUCAGACCCUGGAUGCAAUGUCGCAUUCAAUGUUACCAGAAAUGGUGCCCAUAUUGGGAAACGAUGCCAAAACACAAGGCAAGCCGAACGAUUUCGCCAAAUCGCGGCACAAUCGACAGCCACUGUUGAAGAAAAUCAACAAGUCCAAGAAGUACUUAGUACUUUCGACACAGAAACGGUCGAAAGACAAAGAUGGUAGCCCAACUAUAAGCUCGAUUAUAAACCCGAAAAGAAUUCCAAAAAGAAGUGAGCUAGUUUAUCUUCAACCCUCCCCCAAUUACUGUGAGCCGGACUUGGCGCAAGGUAGCCUCGGUACACAGGGCAGAUAUUGCAAUCGUACUAGCACAGAAACCGAUGGAUGCGAUUUAAUGUGCUGCGGUCGCGGCUACAAUACACAUCAAUUCACGAGAACGUGGCAAUGCAGAUGCAAGUUUCACUGGUGUUGCCGCGUACACUGCGAGACUUGCAUGGAACGCACCGAGGAAUAUACAUGCAAAUAAUACUAUUAUCAGCGUACAAUGUGUAUAUAGAUUUGCGAAAUAGUACAUGUAAUUAUAUAAAUGUUAGACUUUAUCUUCAAGAGUAAAAAGAACGAAU